CACUUCUACACCGGCACUUCACCACCGGUAGUUAUUAGUGCGGAAUAGACGCUGCAUUCAAACUGUGUGGCUUAUAUUGUCUUCCGGAUUCUCGAAAAAAAGUUAUCGUGAUGCUGUCGAAAUUUCGUCAGGUGUUUCGCACAUACCCUCUAUUGAGCAACAUGACGAUCACCUGCGCUCUCUACUGUACCGCCAACGUCGCCCAACAGACUGUCCGAAGAGUGGAGCAGUAUGACUGGCCGGGCACGGCAAGGAUAAUGACAGUUGCCUUCUGUGGUUAUGGACCAGUACUGUUUUAUUGGUACAAGGCCUUAGAUAAAUAUGUACCUGGAAAAUCGUUCAGGGCGAUUAUCCUUAAAUGCGCUCUUGACUUUUUUGUGAUAAGUCCACCGUGUUUAUUUAUGUUUUUCGUUGGAAACAGUAUACUAGAAGGUCAAAAAGAUAUUCUUGCUGAAUUCAAAGAAAAGGCACUGAAGACUUAUAUUACUGGUGCAUGUUACUGGCCCCCCGCUCAGGCGAUCAACUUCCUUUUGGUGCCGCCUCAUCUACGUGUCGUUUACGUUGGUUGUUGUUCUUUCUUCUGGGGUGCAGUCGUCUGCUUCAUCAAGGGACAACCCAUGCCAACUGAAGAGGUUCUAGAGGAGGCAUAAUCAUCAAUGAUCAUAGACUUUUCGUUUUUGGGACUCAACACGCCUAUCAACCAUGUGUAAUAAAUCACUCAUGUAACUGAUGUUUUAGUUGUUAAUUUCCAAGAAAAGGACAAAGAAGAAAUGCGGGGUCGGAAAGGUAUUCUCUCACAGGC